AUGCAGAAAACCACCUACUACGACAAUACCGCUGCUGCACUCUUCGGAGGCUAUUCCACGUACCCAGGCAGCAAUGGCUUCGGCUAUGAUGGGCCCCCCCAACCCUCUUUCCAGGCGGCCACGCACCUGGAGGGUGAUUAUCAGCGCUCAGCAUGCUCACUGCAGUCCCUGGGCAAUGCUGCCCCACAUGCCAAAAGCAAGGAGCUCAAUGGCAGCUGCAUGAGGCCCAGUCUGGCCCCUGAACCCCUGCCCGCCCCACCCGGCUCACCCCCACCCAGCGCUGCACCCACCAGUACCACUAGCAACAGCAAUAACGCCUCCGGAGGGCCCAGCAAAAGUGGCCCCCCCAAGUGUGGCCCUGGCUCCAACUCCACCCUCACCAAACAGAUAUUCCCCUGGAUGAAAGAGUCGAGGCAAACGUCCAAGCUGAAAAACAGCUCCCCCGGCACAGAGGGCUGCGGCGGUGGCGGAGUUGGCGGUGGCGGUGGAGGUGGAGGCGGCGGCGGUGGGGGUGGUGGCGGCGGGGGAGGAGACAAAAGCCCCCCCGGGUCGGCGGCGUCCAAGCGGGCGCGGACCGCGUACACGAGCGCGCAGCUGGUGGAGCUGGAGAAGGAGUUCCACUUCAACCGCUACCUGUGCCGGCCGCGCCGCGUGGAGAUGGCCAACCUGCUGAACCUCAGCGAGCGCCAGAUCAAGAUCUGGUUCCAGAACCGGCGCAUGAAGUACAAAAAGGACCAGAAGGCCAAGGGGCUGGCCUCGUCGUCGGGGGGCCCUUCCCCCGCCGGCAGCCCCCCACAGCCCAUGCAGUCCACCGCCGGCUUCAUGAACGCCUUACACUCCAUGACGCCCAGCUACGAGAGCCCGUCCCCGCCUGCCUUCGCCAAGGCCCACCAGAACGCCUACGCGCUGCCCUCCAACUACCAGGCCCCUCUCAAGGGCUGCGGCGCCCCGCAGAAGUACCCCCCAACCCCGGCUCCCGACUACGAGCCCCACGUCCUCCAGGCCAACGGGGGCGCUUAUGGGACGCCCACCAUGCAAGGCAGCCCUGUGUAUGUGGGCGGGGGCUACGCGGAUCCGCUGCCGCCCCCUGCCGGCCCCUCCCUCUACGGCCUCAACCACCUUUCCCACCACCCCUCGGGGAACCUGGACUACAACGGGGCGCCCCCUAUGGCCCCCAGUCAGCACCACGGACCCUGCGAUCCCCACCCCACCUACACAGACCUCUCCUCUCACCACGCGCCUGCUCCUCAGGGUAGAAUCCAAGAAGCGCCCAAACUAACACACCUGUGA